CCUCACCUUCCACAAGCCCCGCCCCAGAGUCCUGCUCGGGUCCCUCCGCGGCGCCAGGCGACCUUGUGCUUACCCGCGCCACCGCCGGCCUUGGGGCACUGUGUUGGUGGCGGAGUAGGCGGCCAUGGGGAGCCUCCGCGGCCUGCGCCUGGCGGCUGAAAACCCCAAAACACAGUGGUUCUCAAAGUGUAGUUUCAAACCAGCAGUAGCAGCUUCACCUAAGAUCUUGUUAGAAAUGCAAACUCCCAACCUUCAACCCAGAAUUGUUGAUUCCAAAACUGGAGGAAGUUAUUUUAGGUUCUGUGAAAGAGAUGCUUUCUCAUCUUUAAGGCUUACCAGAAACUCUGAUUUGAAGAGAAUAAAUGGAUUUUGCAACAAACCCCAGGAAAGCCCAAAGCCUCCAACCCACACUUACAGCCACAGAGUGCCUUUGCAUAAGCCUACGGAUUGGGAGAAGAAGAUCCUAAUAUGGUCAGGUCGCUUCAAAAAGGAAGAUGAAAUCCCAGAGACUGUCUCGUUUGAGAUGCUCGAUGCUGCAAAGAACAAGGUCCGGGUGAAGAUCAGCUAUGUAAUGAUUGCCUUGACAGUGGCAGGAUGCAUCUUGAUGGUUAUUGAGGGCAAGAAGGCUGCCAAAAGACACGAGUCUUUAACAAGCCUGAACCUAGAAAGGAAAGCUCGUCUGAGAGAAGAAGCUGCUGUGAAGGCCAAAACAGAGUAGCAGAGAUAUCCAUGUUGGCUGGAUUUUGAAAAUCUAGAAACAAUGUUGCAGUAACAGGCCUUAUUAAAAUGAAUGUGGUAUAAGUUCCCUAAUUCUGUUCUAGAGCUACAAAUAAAUUUUCUUAAAGAAA